AUAUCACAGAUUUGAAUAUUUUCGUUGCGGUUGCCAUUUCGCACUGUGUACAAACGCUUUUCGACUGUGUUACCUCCGUACAAAAUACUAUUUAAUGAGACCGGAUUGACCUUUGGAAUGGCCUGUAUAAAUACUGAUAACUGAAUUGUUGCCUCAUAAGUACUGAUAACCAUCCGGAUUACUACACACAUCCACCAGUUAACAGUCAGUAAUCGAAGAUGUCACACACCAGAACCGCGACCAUUCUUCACACGUGCCUCAAACAUCAACCAACAGUUUUUAAUGGCAUCAGACAGCUGCAUUCGACGCGGUUCUUGGAGAAAAAUGUGGCCUUCAACCUGUCGGACAUUGGGGAAGGCAUCAGGGAAGUGGUGGUGAAAGAAUGGUUCGUUAAAGAAGGCGACAAGGUGGCUCAGUUCGAUAAUAUCUGCGAGGUACAGAGUGAUAAAGCAUCAGUAACAAUCACCAGCAGAUACGAUGGUGUCAUCUCCAAACUACAUUACAAAAUAGACGAUAUCGCUUUGGUUGGGAAACCGCUAGUUAAUAUUGAAACUGACGGAGAAGGACCUGAAGAACCUAGUACUCCACCAGCAACUGGUACCGCACCAACAACAGAACCUCAAGCAGUGAGAGUACCCGAAGUCAAAUCAACUAAAGAAGAAGUAGCUAAAAUAUCCAGUGAAAUUAUAUGUAUACCUUCAGUACGUCGCCUAGCUAAGGAACACAGCAUUGACCUGUCAAAAAUUCAAGGAACAGGUAAAAAUGGCAGGAUUCUUAAGGAAGACCUCCUGCAGUACCUUCAAGGUGCCUCCCCAGAACCACCAACAAAGAGUCCAACCCCUUAUUCAAGCGAGGACAGAAAGGAGGCAAUAACCGGGUUCCGACGUGUUAUGGUCAAAACUAUGUCAGAAUCAUUAAAAGUGCCCCAUUUCGUGUACAGUGACGAAGUAACGGUAACAAAACUGUCGCAACUCAGGAAGUCGUUAAAAUCCGUGCCGGAACUGCAGGAGAGAAAAAUCUCGUUCAUGCCCUUUAUCAUUAAGGCCGCCUCUAACGCUCUUAAAAGGUAUCCGAUUAUUAACGCUACCACGGACGAGAACUUGGAAAAUAUUAUUUACAAAGGCAAGCACAACAUCGGCAUUGCCAUGGACACUAAGGUAGGGUUGGCGGUACCAGUUAUCAAGGACGUGGCCAAUUUAAGUGUGUUAGAAAUCGCCGAUGAGUUAAACAGGCUUUUAAAGUCCGGAAAAGACGGGAAUUUUGCGCCAAGUGAUGUUACGGGAGCUACAUUUUCUAUUUCGAAUAUUGGAGUUAUUGGGGGUACUUACAUGAAACCAGUGAUUUCUCCUCCUCAAGUCGCCAUUAUUGCCAUUGGGAAAGUACAGGCGGUUCCGAGGUUUGAUGAACAAGACAAUGUUAUCAAGCGGGAAAUAAUUAAUGUGAGUGCAUCGGCGGAUCAUCGAAUAAUAGACGGGGCAACUAUGGCAAACUUCAUCCAAGUGUUCAAGAGGCAAAUUGAGAAUCCCACUUUACUGUUCUUGGAUGUGUAAUGGAUCAUUUUUGUGGAAGGUGGAUCUGGGUUAUUUUUGUUUAACUGAAUAAAGUAUAUUUUUAUUAA